UGUGGGGCUCUAGUGCAUACAGUAUGGCCUGGCCCAAUUUGGUCAGCCUUUCGACCUCCUCCCGCAACAGGAGAAGGCCGAGGCGCCAUGGCCGCUGGGAGCUCGCCUCCGCGCACUGCUGCGCCACGGAGGGGAUAAGAGCAAGCCCCUGUGCCCCCUCACUCUUCCCCUGUAACCCUAGCACGCCCGUUCCCCUCGCUCGUUUCUCUCCCCCUCGAGUUCGUCCGCGCCCGAAGACGCAGUCGCCGCCGCCCCAUCGUUGUCGCGGCCACCGAGCUUCCCGCGGGCUGAAACCUAGUCAGGAGACGCGUCGGGCUCGUCUACUUCGACUACAACCACCGGUUCGAGUCGGGGCACCGUCAAACUUUGGGAUCGAGCCGUCUUCCCCGCCACAGCCAUCGCCGCCGUCGAUUCGCUCCACCGAGCCUCCCCCGAGCUCGCCUUUGCACAACUACAGGGCCCGACCCCUUGAUGAUGCUGAUGCCCCUGUGAUUGACUACGCCACCGACGACCCCUCCGUCUCGUCUGAACAACCAGGAGCCAGAUGCCACCUUUGACGACGGCUGCUACCCCGAGGGUGCCUACUA